UUUGAACAUUUUGAUUUAUUUACAAAACUAGGCAUACAACAAAAAGUAUUUUCGAGUUAUUUCUACACAAAAAAGCGAAAAUAUUCUAAAUUAUUGGUGAACUAGUGGAUAAUGCCGACAACGAUGGACAGCUUCUGUCGCUUAUGUCGAAGAAGUGGAGAAUUUGAAUCAGCUUCCAUUCUUGACACGUCCCGUAACCAUAGUGGUGAAAUAAUUGCUGAAAUUAUGCAGAAUUGCCUUCAGCUGCAGGUACUUCCUUCGGAUGGUUUACCGCAGCGAAUUUGCAACCUUUGUCAGGCCCAACUCGAAAUGUUCUAUCUGCUGCGAAAGGUCAGCUUCAACUCGGAAUGUUACUUCAAACAAUUGCUUGAGCACAACCAUCCCCAACAGCACACAAUGUUGUCGACAAACGAUAACGGUGUACACUUAACCCCGGAUGUAGGUGGUUUUCCCAUUGCCCUCGAUCAACCUCAACAAACGGAAGUUAAAAUAGAACCCACUGAAUUCAACACACAUGAGCCACAAUCCCACCAGCAGUCGUACGAAAAUUCUUUUCAAUGCAUGGAACAACCGGAAGUUAAAAUAGAACCCAAUGAACUAAACGACGAACCGCAGCAUUAUCAACCAUCGUAUGAUAAAUCAUACGAUCCACAUACGAACCACGAGUCAGCAACACCAUCGAACAGUAGCGAAUGGAUUCCCGUGGAUCCUAGACCGGUGGAUAAACCUAAACUACCGAAACGAUAUUCAUGUGCAGAGUGCGGUUAUCAUUCGCAAUACAAAGCUAACCUAUUCCGUCACAUAAAACUGCGAAGGCAUAGCCUGGUGCAGCAGGGUUUCAAAACUCGCCCGAGAAGACGUCUUACAUUGGAUGAAAUUUUGGCCAAUAGCAACGCACCGGAGAUGAAAAUUUACACAUGCAAAAUGUGCGGAUACAAGACUGCUUUCAAAGGAAACGUGGAUCGACACCAACGUAGCCAAAAUCAUCAAGGCAUCGAUGUGAGUAUCUACGGUAAAAACCAACCACGGAUGGAUUGUUUGAUGAGCCAGCGAAUGAAAUAUGUCCCCGAUGGGCGCUAUCAGCCAGUAAUAAGUACAAGCGCACAAGCAAUGACUGCCUAUACGGAACCGGCCAGCCAGCAGCACUGCAUGAAUCAGGCAGAACAGGAGUUGCUGCGAGAAAUUCGAGAUGAGUUCAUGAAAAUUAAUGCUACGAACAGUGGAAUCAAUAUGUUUAAUCAGGAUCCUUGUUAGCCAUUAGAAUGAGUAGGGUAUUUAGAAACGAUGCAUUUAAUCAGAAAGUUGAGUCACAUUGUUUUUGAGUGUGUAGCAAUAUGUUGUUGGAAUAAAUUGUUUAAAACGUGA